AGUGCUUAUCUCAGAGAAAGAGUUCCAUGAUGCAGCCAGGCGGAAUGACACGGCACGCAUGGCAGAGCUGAUCAAGCGAGGAGUGGAUAUCAAAGCCAAGAAUAAUAUAGAAAGGAGCGCUCUCCAUUGGGCUGCCGGAGCCGGACACGAGCAGGCGGUGCGCCUUCUUCUGGAGCAUGAUGCCUCCGUCAAUGACGAGGACAGUUUUGGUAUGAAUGCACUCCUCUUAUCAGCUUGGUUUGGCCACCUGCGUAUUCUUCAGAUCCUUGUCAAUGCCGGUGCCAAAAUCCACUGUGUAAACAAGAAUGGCCGCAACCUGCUUCAUUGUGCAGCCCAAAGAGGUCACCUCAAGGUCAUUGAGUUCAUCUUGGAAGAUCUGGAAGAUGUGCGGCUGGAUAAGAAAGAUAAGAUGAACCGAACUGCAUUUCAUUUAGCUGCAGAGAACGGUCAGCUAGGAGUGGUGGAGUUUCUGCUCGGCUCAGGUUGUACUCGCAACAUCAGAGACAAGGAUGAGAAUACAGCCCUCCAUUUAGCUGCCAAGAAUGGCCAUGCUGGGGUGCUGCAGAAGCUUAUAGAAAUUGGAAUGGACCUGGAUGAGAAGAAUGCAGAAGGGUUGACCGCCCUGCACUUGGCCGCUGAAGGGGGCCAUCAAGAGUGUGUAAAGUUGCUCCUGGAAUCUGGCUGUGAUGUCAACGUGCAAACCCAAAAAAAGAUGACCUGCCUUCAUUACGCUGCACUCAAUGGCUACGAAGACAUGACCAGAAUCCUUAUUGACGCUGGAAUCCAGAGAGAUGCGCAGAAUUACCAAAAUGCUUCAGCUAUGCAUAUUGCGGUGCUACAGAACCAUCUAGCUGUCGUUAAACUCCUAAUUGAUGCUGAAUGUGACCUGGACAUCCCUGAUAAUAGGCAGCAGAGCCCUCUUCAUAUAGCUGCAGAAUACGGGAGGCAGGACAUUGCUGAGAUGAUCCUUAUAGCUGGAGUCAACUUAAAACUGACAGACAAGCAAGGAAAAACAUCCCUUGAUAUCGCUGCCCGUGGGAAUCACAUCAACCUGGCUGAUAUGAUUAUCAAAGCUGAUCGGUUUUACAAAUGGGAAAAGGACAAUCUAAACAGUGACUCCGACUCCUGGGUAACCAAGCACUUAACUUUUAAGCAGGACCACCGUCUAGAGACACAGCACAUUCGCUCAGUCCUGUGGCGGCUUGCUACGAAAUACCUCAAACCCAGUGAGUGGAAGAAGCUAGCACACUUCUGGAAAUUCACUGACGCACACAUAAGAGCAAUUGAACACCAGUGGGCAGGUAACAAAAGCUACAGGGAGCAUGGGCACCGGAUGUUGCUAAUUUGGCUUCAUGGCGUGAUCAUGGCAGGGGAAAACCCAAUCAAAGGCUUGUAUGAAGGCUUGGUGGGCAUUGGGCGCAGAGACCUGGCAGAAAGUAUCCGGAAGCAAGCGAAUGCAGACUCUACUUCUCCACGGAAAUGCACUGCAAUGUGAUUCUUGAGAAGGCACAAGAAGUCCCACAAUGCUCCUACUUCAGGAGUUGCAUCAAGGGAACGGAGAGAUUUUUAAAACAAUUGGCCAAAAGGUUUGCAUAACCUGUCUCCAAGGGCUUCUUGCCAUAACAGAUGGCAACAUUUUCCACUUGAGAUCAAGUAAACACAAGUUGUACAUCAGCAGAAUCUAGCCACAGCAAUGCAUAUUUACAGAACAUGAUUACUCUACCCUCAGAUAUGAAGACUAAGAGUAUGGAUUUUGGCCUAUAUCAUGUGCUAGUGCCAUUACAGAAGCUCCGUUGAAUCAGCUGCUGAAUACUGAGUCAACAUUUACAUAGCUCCUGCGGAUUCAGUGGAUCUACUCUCAAUGAA